CCUUCUUCUUCGUCUUCGUCUUCGUCUUCGUCUUCUUCUCUUGAUUAGGGUUUGAGAGAAGAAGCUCAGAGAGAGAGAGAGAGAGAGAGAGAGAGAGAGAGAGAAGCAUGUCGGAGAUUGUAUCAGUGGCGUGGCACAAGUAUCUUCUUCAAUUGCAACAAAACCCUCUGAGGACAAAGGCAAUCACUUCUGGGGUGUUGGCUGGAUGUAGUGAUGCUAUUGCCCAGAAGAUCUCUGGCAUCAAGAAGUUGCAACUCAGAAGGAUGCUUUUGAUCAUGCUCUAUGGUUUUGCAUAUGGAGGUCCAUUUGGCCACUUUCUACACAAGCUCAUGGAUGCUAUUUUCAAAGGGAAGAAAGGGAAAGCAACUGUUGCUAAAAAGGUGUUGUUGGAGCAGUUAACUACUUCACCAUGGAACAACAUGGUUUUCAUGUUUUAUUAUGGGUUGGUUGUUGAAGGCCGGCAGUGGAGCUUAGUCAAGAACAAGAUCAAGAAGGAUUACCCAUCAAUUCAGCUGACUGCCUGGAGGUUCUGGCCAAUUGUCGGGUGGAUUAACUACCAGUACAUGCCUCUUCAGUUCCGCGUUCUGUUUCAUAGCUUUGUUGCUUCUUGCUGGGCGAUAUUUCUGAAUCUGAAAGCUCGAUCGGUCGCUGUGAAGAAUGCAUAAAUAUACCAAACUCAGUGAUUGAUUCGACGUAAUUUAUAAACUACAAUUAGUCAUGCUGCUUGAUGAACACAGUUAUUGUCCUUCUUUCAUCGCUAAUAAACUUUAUCGGUUCUUCGUCUUUAGUUAAGAGUUUCAUGAAGUAUAAUGUAUUUAAGUUUAAUGAAAUUCAUGGAAAAAUGAGUACUUGA